AUGUUCCCAAGAGCACUUUGCUGCUUUGCUUCUCGUCCCCACUGUCGCGUAUUCUCUCUCCCACAUCCCCACUGUAGCACAGUCACUCCUUUCUGUUCAUUCUUGAACGCUUCCCCCUUUUCUUCUCCCCUUCUCCCCGUCUUCCCGUCUCCCGCGUCUUCCCGUCUCCCGCGUCUUCCCGUCUCCCGCGUCUUCCCGUCUCCCGCUUCUCCACGCCAGAACGACAGCCUACAGCCAGUCAGAGUUCUCGAUGUGGACCGCCCGAGCGCAGGCAAUGCCAGCGCGGGCGGGGAGGAGUACCUUGUGUCACUGGCGGCUCUCAACCUGCUGCGCGGCCGCACUGCCUUAUUCGACGCCCUCCUCUCCCGCCGCCCUCUCGUGGCCGCGCAAUCCGCAACCCCUGCUGCUGCCCUUCCAUUAACAGCAACAGCAACAACAGCUGAAAAUGGAGGAGGAGAGGGAGGAGCGGAGGGAUGGGAGUACACGUUGAGGUCGUGGGGGCAGGUAGGGUGGGGACAUGCGAGCACGCGGGAGGAGCAGGAGGCGGCGCUCAGGCACGUGGUGCCGGUGAACCCCCUUCCGUGUGGCGACCUGUUGACUUUCGUUGACUCCUCAGAUGUGGAUGUGCAGCGCGUGGCACGAGAAGCGGUGGCGAGUGCGAAUGAGAGACAGGUGAGCGGCCCAGUAACACUGCCUUCUUCCUUCCUUGCCAUCUCUCCACCCUUCUUCCCCCCACAGGGCAGCGCGCUGCUGCUGAAGUCGGUGCUGGAGGCACAGUUGGUGAUACCGGGAUUCAGAGAGUACACGCUCACACUGUUGCUGCUGGCUUCCUUCCUUGCCUUCCCCCCCACAGGGCACAGCAUUGCUGCUGAUCUCGGUGCUGGAGGCACAGGUGGUGAUACCUGGGUUCAGAGAGGCAGUGCGCUGCUGCUAAUUUCCGUGCUGGAGGCACAGUUGAUGAUACCCGGGUUCAGAGAAUACACGCUCACACUGCUGGCAGCAGAUAACACAACCCGCAUGGCGGCACACUAUGCCACGCACGCACUAGAUCUAGGGCUGACGAACAACAGUGACGCCACGCCUGAAACGUCACAGGGGGGGAACGCGAGUGGGAGGAGUUUGGUGAAUGUGACGUGGUUUGCGGUGGUGGCGGGGACGCAGCGGAAUGCAACAGCGGGGGAGAUGGGCGUGGCGGCAGCAGGGGGGUGCGCCGGGCGGAAUGCGAGCAGCAGCAGCGCUGCUGGUGGUGGCGGCAGUAUGUUUAACAGCAGCAGCAGCAACAGCAUCAGCAGCAGUGGCAUUUUGGAGUGGGACUUGGCACGGGCCAUGGCAGGGGUGUGUGUGGAUGAGGGGUGGGUGCUCAUCCCCGCUGCCGCCAGUGUUGACAAUUCAAUGACUCCCUCUGCCUCCUAUAGUGUCUCCUCCAAUGCCUCCUUUAGUGCUUCCUCCAAUGCCUCCACUGCUGCUCCCUACACGGACACCUACAAUGGCUUCUCCAUUCGCUCCCUCGCUCUCUUUGCCCUGAACCAACUCAUCAACCAGAGCAGCCUCCCCUCGAAUUUGACUCUACUGGAUGUGCUUGCAGCGAGGGCGAAUGUGGUGGAGGGAGCAGGGAUCAACUACAGCGUGACUGUAACAGCCGCGGUGGAUGCAGCGUCAGCAGCUGGAGCAACGGUGCCUACAACAACAACGGUACCUACAACUACAAUAUUUGCAGCAACGGCACCUACUACAACAACACCUCCGGUGCUGCUGAAUGCACCUUCAACCAAAGCCAAGGCAGCAGAGGAGGAGGCAGGGAAGCAAGUGGUGGUGCUGAAGCUGCUGGUGUGGCAGCCGGUGCCCUUCACUGCUUUCCGCCUGGUUGACUUUUUCCUGCUGGAUGGGGGAGGUGGUGAGGGGGAGAGUGGGAAGCAAAAGCAGGAGGGCGUGUUGCUCGUUGACUGUGCUUCCCCACCCCCAGGUCACAUCCUCCUUGGGAACUGCACGACAGUGCCUAAGGCUGGCUAUUCUUUUGUAGUUGCCGCAAUAGGGUUUGUAACAUUGCUUCGUGUGCUUGUCUCGCUGGGCCUUGUUCUGGCCCUCCUGUAG